CCUGCACAGCAAUAGAAAAUUACAUUGCUUUAGUGUGAUGCUCGUAUGAAACAUUGUCACAUCGGAUUCUUUAAGUUAUUACCGAAUUAACUGACAUGACUACCCAUACCACGUGUUGUCCGGAUUGCAGUAGUUCUGAUCAAGAGGCACAGCCUAUCAAGAAGAAAUCGUCACCCAGAAGAUGGUUUGUGUUGACAUCAGGAUAUUUCGUCAUGUUUCUCAGCACUGGGUUCCCCUUCAAUAUAUUUAUCCUCAACCCCGAGUUCCUUCGUACUUUUGAGAGCAAUAAGGCAGAAACGGCUCUUAUACAAUCGAUCACAACCGGGAUGCUUCAUAUAGCAGGAACUUUCUGUUGGAAGGCUGUGGCUAGAUACGGACCUCGAAUGACUGGGAUAGCUGGUAGUCUUUUGGUGACACUCGGUCUGGUCUUCUCUUUCUUUGCCCAAAGUAUCCCUCAUCUCAUCGUGACGCUUGGCCUAGUUUCAGGAAUUGGUUUCUCUGCGACUAUUAUCUCCGCAGUAACAAGCGUCGGAGAAUACUUUGAGGGGAAAUCUCAACUUAUGGCGCUGUCGUUUCUCACUUUUGGAUCAGGAUGUGGUGGGAUUUUAAUUCCCUUCCUCCUACACUUCCUCAUUGAAGAGUUUGGUUGGAGAGGAUGUUUACUCUUCAUAGGAGGACUUAUGGCAAACAUGACGUGUUUCUUUGCAGUAUGCAAACCACUUUCAAUCGGCCUCCAACAAACUAAAGCGAAUAAAUUAAAGAAAGUAGACUCUGAAACAAAACCUACAGAGCAGGUCUUUACGAAAUCACUAAGAUCACUGGUCACUAAUAAAGUUUACAUAGCACACGUCGUUGCCAUGUGUUGUACACUUCCGGUUAUAAAUUCUUCAUUAAUUUUCAUAAUUGAUUUCCUGACAACGAAAGGUUUUGACUCGAAAUCAGCAAUAUUAAUGUAUUUAUAUUUACAAAUAGGAAGCACGUUAUGUGGAGUCGUACCAGGCUUGUGUAAAAAGUACAUUCCUCACACCAGCGUCCUUAUUAUCCCUGCGUGUUUCACAAUAAUCGGAUCGACGGCGACUGCGUUGCUUCCUCAUGCAAAGACAUAUACACAGCAUGUUGUCCUUUUGGUCUUUUUGGGGAUGACGUUAGGUGUUAGCGUCACCACGGUCUCCGUGACAACAGUGAAGAUCGUGGGACUCCAGGACUACUCGGCAGGCUUGGGAGUAUUAAUGACGAUGUUAGGCAUCAGUGGAAGCAUUUCAGGACCAGUUGCAGGAUUUUUUGUUGAUCUGACGGGAUCCUACACGAAGCCAUUUUACGGUAUGUCCGCUGGUCUCGGCUUGGCAGCCGGCCUGUUUGUGUUAGCUGCGGUACUAAAACGGAAAUCAAAUAACAUCCAUUCUGACCACGUCUCGGAUAUCACUGUGGUCGUGGGAGCCGACAAUCCUGCGUUUUCCAUAUAAAGAGAGAACAUGUUGGAUUAUUUCUUAUAUAGAGAAGUAGAUAUACCAUCGUAUUUGUGGCAAGCGACAAAAUGUGGCGAAGUUCUAUUUUAACACAGGAGCCUGAAGUUCUGUCAAAAAGGAAUAAUAAUCUGAAGUACUGUCAAAAAUUGAUUAAUAAUAACAGUAAUACAAAAAAUACCUUUAUUG